AUGGGGAUAGCAGUAGAAACAAUCAGAUUUCAAACUCAAGCAGUGGAAUUAGCUUUGACCACCGUGGCCAUUAAGAGAAAUAAUAAUGAAAUACACAAUCAUCCAGAAAAUCCAAUCGAAAUGGAAACCAAGAAAAUAAUCAAUUCAAUUAAGAAUGAAGCUUUGAAUAAUACUAUGGAAACUCCAAACUUUAUUGUGGCGAAACACGUAUCUCAAUUAAGUGAUUCUAUAUCAAUGGCACUACCAUCACCGAAUCUUAUGAAACGUAUAAUUCCCCGAACGCGGAGUUCAAACAGUUUUGCACCUCCGAAUCCUAGCAGCCUUAUUGAGCUAGUAAUUCCGCAUGAAUAUUCAAUUACAGAUAAAUAUGAAGAUUUCAUACUUCAUGAUGAUGGUCCGGUUCCCGACCGUGUUAUCAUAUUUGGAACAAGAAAAAAUUUGGACUUCUUAGCUUCAUGCGAACAUUGGUUUUCUGAUGGUACAUUUAAAUCGUCGCCACCUUUAUUUAUGCAAAUUUAUACAAUUCAUGGGAUUAGAAAUAAUAAUGUUUUACCUCUCAUAUAUAUAUUGACCAAUAGAAAGGAUUAUGAAACUUAUAAAAGAAUAUUUACUAUUAUAGGUGUCAACUUAAUAUCAACUCCAAAAAAAAUUAUGACGGAUUUUGAAAUGGCCAGUGUAAAAGCUUUCAAUGAAGUGUUUCCCAAUUCGCAACACAAAUGUUGCUAUUUCCAUUUUGGCCAAUCCUUUUGGCGAAACAUUCAAAAAUAUCCAGAAAUAUCGCAUAAAUAUAAAACAGAUGUAAAAUUUAAUAUACAACUUAGAAUGAUGGUUUGUUUGGCGUUUAUGCCACCCUUAAAUGUAGUUGAAACAUUUGAAUUACUAAUAAACUCCGAAUUUUAUUCUAAUAAUAAAUUGUUACUUCAGCCUCUAAUUGAAACUUUUGAAAAAGCUUAUAUUGGUAAAACGUUUGGAAGAGGCAGACUACCUGCUUUGUUUAAUAUUGAACUCUGGAAUUGUUACCAAUCAACACUGAACGGGGAAGCGAAAACCAACAACGCGGUUGAAGGGUGGCAUAGAUGCUUCAUUUCCCUCCUAACAAGCUUAAAAAAACAACAAGGGUUGACAGAGUUAAAAAUUGCUCAAUAUAAUUCUGGUGAAACACCCUCUACCCCGAGAAAAAAAUAUCGAAAUCUACAUGCGAGAAUAGUAACAAUUGUUUCUGACUUCGAAAAUCGAUCAAGAUUAGAUUAUCUUAAAGGAAUCGCUAUUAAUAUAACAUUGAAUGUUUAA